GCGGCAGGCGAAAACAUGGGAAGCCAAAGGGAAGAUAGCUUUCGCUUCUACUCUCCCCUCUGGUUGCUCCUGACGUAAGCUGGAUAAGCCUUCGGUGAAUUAUUUGGUUCGUUCUCCAAAUGGCAAUGGCUCACUGGUUUGACUGUUUCCUAAGUAGUAGAGAAACAAGAGAAGUAACGAACCAGCUGGUACUGAAGGGCAUUCAUUAGAAGAAAGACCUGAAUAGUUCAUACAGACUAUUCAUUAUCCAAGAAUUGUCUGAGUGUUAGGAAUCACAUUCAGCAGAAUGGCGAAGGCAACAACUAUUAAGGAAGCGCUAGCUAAAUGGGAAGAAAAAAAUGGUCAGAAGCCAUCAGAGGCCAAGGAAGUAAAACUUUAUGCCCAGGUUCCUCCUAUAGAAAAGAUGGAUGCAUCUCUUUCAUCUCUUGUUAACUGCGAAAAGCUGUCCUUAUCUACAAACUGCAUUGAAAAAAUCGCCAACUUGAAUGGUCUGAAAAACUUGAGGAUUUUGUCAUUGGGCAGAAAUAACAUAAAGAAUCUUAAUGGGCUGGAAGCAAUUGGAGAUACAUUAGAGGAGUUAUGGAUAUCAUACAACCAGAUCGAGAAAUUAAAAGGACUCCAUGUGAUGAAGAAGUUGAAGAUUCUCUACAUGUCCAAUAAUCUGGUGAAAGACUGGGCGGAGUUUGUGAGGCUAGCAGAAUUGCCAUUACUGGAGGAUCUGGUGUUUGUGGGCAAUCCUCUGGAAGAGAAAUACUCUGCUGACUCACAGAGUGCUUGGGUUGAGGAAGCAACCAAGCGAGUACCCAGACUGAAGAAACUUGAUGGUGUUCCAGUUAUUAAACAGGAAGAAGGUGAAGAAGAAAACUAGCACCACUGUUCCUUCUUACCUGUGAAAUUAUUGAUUUAUCUCCAGCACUAUACAGUACGUGAAGCUUUUGUAUAAACUUAUCCUUGAAGAAGAUCCUGGGUGACAUUUUUCUGGCGCAUCCCCAUGUUCUUGUUUCUCACCCAAAGAGUUGUUUACCAAACCUGGGGGCAACGAUUACAUGAAAAGACUGACCUUCACUUUAAAAAAAAAAAUGAUUUAGCUUUUUGCAAGAACAGAUUUAUUUUUUAAAACUUAUGUUCAGUCUUCCUAAUUAUGAACACAUUUUCUAAACCAUUUGUUCAGUAGACUUUUUAAUUAUUUGAAAUGUUGAGGGGAGACAGUAUUUUGUAUUAAACUCUGUGUGCACACGCAUGUGUGUUAAAUUUGAUGUAUCUUUUCUAAAGAAAGGACAUGAAACCCACCAUACUCUAAAUGUUUCAGAGUCUCAUCUUCUUCCACCUGUUAAUUAUAGUCAUAUAGGCAUUGGUGUCAGUUUUGCCUGUUAUAAAAGGAAAUUUGUGGCACAGAUCAAAAACAAAACAUGUUGCUAGUAGAAGGCUGCCUAAGAACUCACCCUGUUGAACUACAUUGGAACCCUGAACUUUAACAUUCUGGAAGCCAUUCACUAUUUUUUAUAUAUACAGUAUUAUAUGAAAGCAAUGUAUUUAUUUUAGAUAAAUCAUUUCUUUCCUAAGUAUCAUUUUGAUUUGAUGCACUGUUUUGUGUUUUGCUUUAAAUACUUCGUGUUAAGAAACAAGAGACUUCAGAGCUGAACAACAGUUUAUGCAGUUGCCAUGAAUGUUCCUGAAUGGCCAAGUCCUUUAUCACUCUGGCAUCUGAUUGUAAUCUGAGGAGGGGCAGCAGCUGUCUUAGCUUGCAGUUUAGUUUGAAAUCAGUUUUGGUUUCAGGGUUUAGAUAAAUCACAGCUGAAGGAACUGCAGUUCAGAAAGAGGGGAAAGAUUGUGAGGACUGACAAGACCUGAUGUGCUCUCUGCUCAUAUUCAGUAUAUUUUUCAGUUAAACAUAUGCACUGUAUUCCAGUAGAUCUCUCAUAUGCACCACUGAUGUUUUAAAACCCAUUCUCAAAGAGAGUAAUGUAAUGCUGUUUUCCAUAGGCAAAAUUUAACCUGUUACAGCUGGCAGUGCUAUUAGUUUCUCCUGCUCUAAUACUUCCUGUAACAGAAUUUAGACUCUGACAAUCAGUUUCUUUAUUAACAUGUAAUAUAGAAGCAUAAAAGCAAAGUGAUUUAAUGUGUGUGGUCAUGCACAUAUUCUGAUCCCUUCCCACUGAAUAUUUAUAUUUCACCCUUUGAGUAACAGUGCACUAAAAUAUAGCAUUUGUAUAGAAACUCACCAUGUGUAUGGUACUCUGUCCCUUCCCCACAUAUUUAUUAGACAUUAGUCAAUGGUUUUUUUUUUCUUUUAUGGUGUAAUUUCUGCAGUUUAUCAUAUGUUUAAGUGGAAAAUUCUCCAGUUUUAGGCUUUUUGGGGGGAUUCAUCUAGACUAGAAUUUGACUGUAGUAUUCUUGAAUUAUUCUUUUUCUAUGGUUAUGCUAAUUAAUUCCCUUUAUUUUUGAAAUUCAAAAUUAACUUUUGGAUUAAUUUAUUGUCUUCAUACUAGUUGUGUGUGUAGCUUUGUGUGUGUGUGUGUGCCACUGGCUUGAUUUUUCCUCCUAGAAAAAUAAGCAUUAUAAUUUCCAAGUAUUUUUAUAUGUCAUGCUAAUUACUUCUGUAAAAUAAUGUUUGGUAUGCAGAGGUUAUUUUUUAAAAAGUUGACUUCAAAUCAGACUAGAUGCUUGGCAUUCUUUUCCCAAAGGUGACCUUUGUUCUAACCUUCAUUUCUUUGUUCCUCAGCAUAGACAGUAACCCACUUGCUGACAAACCAAUUAGUCUCCUGUGGGUGAAUCUUGAUAUCUCCUGGCCCAGGGCUGGUGCUUGUUGCUUUAAUGGCAGUGAAACUUGUUGUGGAGAUGGUGUUCUGUGCCCCACGAUGCAUUAGCUAACUGGACUCCAGUUCCAUUUCUUAGGCAGGAGAAGAGGUGUACAAGCAGCACAAGAGUGAGACUGUCUCUUCACAAUGUCUGACUGUUAAAAUGAUGGGUACUAUUUUCAGAUUAAGAUGUGGCAAUCUUGUUGAUAAGUCACAGCUCAAAAGCAUUGCCUGCAAGCUUAUACCUAGUCUCCCACAAGUUUCCUCCUGGUGAUUAGGCAGGAAAAUUGGAACACUUCCCCCUCUUUUCAGAUCACCAGUGUGCCCCAAAAAACUAUACAGGAAUGAGUCGGUAGAGAGGUUAGUGUAAAAAAACAACAACAACCCUGUAUAGACUAGUAUGUUGUGUGGGCUUGUUUGCAAGGCUUGGGAUACUGUUUGCUGCUUGCACUCUGGCUGAUAUGCCUCUAUUGGGGGCAGGAAGUGGAUUAUUUUAGUAGCCAAUUUUCAACCCUCUAAAAACACACCUUUCAGUAAACAUUCCUUUUAGCUAUAUGUUGUUUUACUUCUACAAGCUUUUGGGGGAACAUCAUAGUUAUUGCUUAUACUGUACAUCAGUGUACUUAGGAAUUUAGUUUCAAGAUUUGGUUUAUGGAUACUCUUAAAGAAAAUGUUUUCCUGUAUAUAGAUCAUAUGCUUCUGAGAAAGUAAUAGUGGACUGUGGACUGUACUGCUCUCCAGAAGACAGGUUUAUUUAGAGGCCAGUGUUUCCCUUGGCUUCCUGUAAUUAUUGUAAGAAUCAAAAUAAGCAACAAAGAACAGAACUGUAAAGAAACUCUUGUGGAGGGUGUGGAAUCUUUUGAGUAACAGCUAUACAGGUGAAUGGGAAACAGAUCUGCUGCUGUUAGCAAAAUGUGUUUCUUUGUCUUGGUGAUGGCUCUUUUAAAGUAAUCCAUUCUCUUGUUCCAGCAAACAGCUGUCUUGAGGGAGAUUAGCUAUGAACUACAGAAUUCUCUCUAGCAUCUUACUGUUGCUCAGAUCCAAUUGUUGAAAGAAAAGAGGCCUAUGAUGCCCAGCUACUUGUAGAUGUCCUGUUGCUUUAGUAUGUUGCUUGUUAUUUUGAUAUAAAGAAGCCAUGGAGGAAAACUUCAGGAGGAUGAAGAGAAGAAAAAAAACAUUUUAAAUAUUCCACCUUUGAGAAAAAAACAUGCCAUGUAUUGUCUAGCAAUAUGGUUGCAAUUGAAACAGUAGUAAGAAUUUUUUUUUCUGGGAUUCCCAUUGGUCAAUUUUGCCAUUCAAGUUGAAUGACAAGUUUAUGGAUUAUAUGAAAAUAUUUGUGGAUCUUGAAUUUAUUGGUGAAUGUGAUUGUGAGCAAGAAUGCUUGGGUGUCCAGACCAGAGCUCUUGUGCCAUUUUAUUUCAGUAAAGUUUUGUUCCUCAACAGUAGUUUAAUGUUUGUCCACAUACAACAUUCUUCCACUUAGCAGGCCCAUUCAUCUUGCCAUAAAUAUCAUGCAAUGUGAAGGGAGAGAAAAUCUUGAGGCAGCACUCUGCCAGGUUUAGUUUCUGGUAAAAGAAAUUGCCAAAAGUUAGUAAGAUGAUUGGUGAGUAGGCAAAUUGUGAAGAAUCAGUAUGCAAUAAAAAGAAAUCAGCUUGUACCAGUGAAGGAGAAGCAGCUUGAAUGUUUUUUUUCCCAAACUCUGAAACAUUUUUAAAGAGAUACAGGCUUUUUGUAGGAGGAGAAAACCAGAAGGAAAUAGUGGACAAAAGAGUGGAAACAAGUGUCCAUAGUAGGUUGUUUGAGAACAUACUGUUAUGAAUGCACAAUUAUUGAAGGCUCUUAGUAGGUAAUGCAGGUGGCUAGCUUUAUUCUUGAUGAUGAAAUACCUUGUGUUCAGUUACACUGAAGAUACGAUCAAUGAUGAAUAUUCUUCUUCAGCUACAUUUAGUAGCCAUUAAGCCAUUUGUUUGCCUGUAUCUUUUUUUGUAAUUUGUCAAGUUUUUAUUCGGUAUUUUGUAUAAGAAAAACAGGACUGCACAUAAAUGGAUAGAGAAAACACUUCCAUCCUAGUUGUGUAAUUAUUUUCAGAUACCAGAGGCAUGCAUUUCUUUCCUUCAUUAAGGCUGUUGCACAUGCUAGAGGAAAAAUAUGAAUCCCUUUGUUCUUGAUCAUGUUAUGUGUGCCCUUUUUGUGUAAUAUUUGAAUGGAAGAUACAUGCAUGAAAACAUGCAGAGAACACAUGGUCUGGAGCCUCAUUUUCGACAUGUUUGAAUAUAAGCAAGUCCUGUUUUUAUAUGGCCAACAUGCUGUGGAAAUGCAGGGUGGGAUCUGUAGGGACUUCAGCAGCCCUUCAAACAAUGAUUUGCAAACUUAUAGGGAUCAUAGCAGCAUUAAGCUGCACCUCUGCACAGGAUGGUGAGUUUGUAAUCUGUUAGGCAGAAUAAGAAAGGUAGCUAACAAUCCUUUCUUACUAGGCAUUAACUGAACAUCAGAAUGACUGGUAUUACUGUUGAAUUAGUACUGUUACUAGUUGUGUUUUUUAUUCUUCUGCCGCAAUUGACCCCAAAAGAAUCACCACUGCUUGCCUUGUUGAAUGGAUAUGUUUACUAUUGUGGAAUAAAUCAGAACUCCAGUCUCCCAAAAAGUUUUUUUUUCUUUAAAGAAAAUGUUGCACUUUAAAAUUAUGCACUGGAUGUUGAUGUAAAGAAAGCAAAUGAGGGUAACAGCUGGGGGAGCAAAUAAUUGAAAGGUCUUUGUUUAAUUGCUCUGUCUAAGCUUGAAGUACUCUGUCUUGCCACAUCCCUUGUGAUUUCAUGAUAUAUUUUUGAUCAUGGAUGAAAAGCACCCAUGUAAAAAAAAAUCAGGCCAUAUGGGAUCCCACUGACCCCACCGGUAAUAGAGUGGGUCAUAUAGUUUUGUGAAGUGACAACAAAUGGAGAGGGGUUCAGUUGCUUUCUAGCCUGCUUGUCUGGCUCUAUGUAGCUAAUGUAUGUAAUAAUUUAUAUCAAGAUGUCAAAGGGCAUUUAAAAUAGGCAGCUCUCAUUGAUGGACCAUUCUGGCUCCACUACAAGACUCUGCUCCGAAAGCUCCAAUAUGGAGAUCAAUUUUUAAACAUGUAGUGUGGUGGUAAUUUUAUAUGCACACAAAGUAUAAUUUGAUAGCAUGACUGUAUUGUCAGACUUUAUUGUCACAUUAUUUAGAUCUGUUUAUAAAUGUUACUUUGUGAAACUUGUUCAAAAUAGUAAUAAAUGUUUUCUACCAAGA